AUGGAGUGGCGGCUGCGGCAGAGGCUGCAGCAGGCGGACGCACGGGCUCGGCUGGGCUGGGCCGAGGCUGAAGAGGCUGAGGAUGGGAUCCAAAAGUGGAAGAAAGAGGAGGAGAAGGAGGAGGAGGAGGCAGCCGCGGGGCCGUGCAUGGGAGAGGAGGCUCUGAGGAAGGUCCCGGAGGAGGGCAAGCUGGACUUACACCCACUGCUCAACAGGUGGGCUCUGUGGUUCUUCAAAAAUGACCGCAGCCGAGCCUGGCAGAGCAACCUGCAUCGGGUCACCAAGUUCAACACCGUGGAGGACUUCUGGGCGAUAUAUAAUAAUAUCCAGCUGGCCAGUAAGCUCUCUUCCGGCUGUGACUACGCCCUGUUCAAGGAUGGCAUUAAGCCCAUGUGGGAAGACAGCAGGAAUAAGCGGGGUGGCCGCUGGCUGGUCAGCCUCACCAAGCAGCAGCGCCACAUUGAGCUGGACCACCUGUGGCUGGAGACACUGCUGUGUCUCAUCGGGGAGAGCUUUGGGGAGCACAGCCAGGAAGUGUGUGGGGCCGUCAUCAACAUCCGAGCCAAGGGGGACAAGAUUGCUGUGUGGACACGAGAGGCAGAGAACCAGGAGGGCGUGCUACACAUUGGGCGUGUCUACAAAGAGCGCCUGGGCCUCUCCACAAAGACCAUCAUUGGGUACCAGGCCCACGCAGACACAGCCACCAAGAGCAACUCCUUAGCCAAGAACAAAUUUGUGGUGUGAGAGGACCCUGAGCCUCCCAUUGCAGUGUGUAUUUAUUUCUCAAGGGGGCUGGGCUGGGCUGAGGGAAGAUGGCAUGUUUCUCCCCUAUCCUGGGGCUCAGGCCUAGGGGUGAGUAACCAACUUGAGAGGCCAGGGCAGUGGAAAGGUGGAGAAAACCCUGGGCUUUUUAACCCUGGGGGGCUGGGUUGGAUACAGUGUGGUGUGGUGAGUCACUGGUGGAGGAGGUGGGACGGCAAGUGGAAAGAGAACAGGAGAGAAUCCUAGGAUUCAGGACUAACUCCAUGCCGCCCACCUUGGGGAAAGAAGUUAGGUGUUCUGAAGGCCAGUCUCUUCCAUUUGGGGGAGGGGGGUUCAAGGCCACUGACAGAGCUGGAGCUCAGGGACAAGAGUGGGGGCUCUGAGUGAUCACUCUGCUUUAAAAAUUUUAUGGGUUGCCUUUCAUCGGAUUUGUAGCCGUGGAGCCUAUGCUUUAUCCCACACCUUCACUAGUCAGCUGUGUGUGGGUCCCUAGAGUAGAGGGGUGGGGUUGAUGAGGGCCUGGCCCAGGAGAGGUGAUCAGGCCUUAUUGCGGCUCUGCCAGAGGUGGAUUAACCAGAAGGUGAAGCUUAAGCCC